ACACUAUAGUCGCUAUUACGAUUUGAUUUCAAGUGACCUUUUCGUCUUUUCCGUUAUUUUUUUCUUUGUUGUUGGUCAUUUUAUUUGCUAAUGUGUUUGUGAUGAAUAAGGAAUAUUGACCUUUGCUGAGAAAAAAUUGUUCUUAAAAUAUUUGUAUUUAAAUUCAACAGAAUUUAACAAAUCAAAAUGGCUAAUCAAGAUUCAAAUGAAUAUUAUUCGUAUUCAAAAUUGGAAAAAUUCCGACGAUAUGAACGUUGUUUUCGUUCCGUACAGGCUAUAUUAUUAUUAUUUAUGAUUAUCUGUUUUGUUUUUUAUAUGAUAACAUUUGGCAUUGAUAUAGCAAAAUUUAUGAAUGAUCCACCAUUAUUAGCGGCUACAGUGAUCAUCGAUAUUAUUGCAAUGAUAUUUUUAGUUAUCGGUAUUCGUGGCGUUGCAUUCGAAUCAUUCUGUAUGGUAUUAACAUUUGCUAUAAUAUUCUGUUUGGUUACAAUUGCUCAUGGAGUUACAUUCCUUUUCCGUCAUCCGGGAUUAACUGGCACAAAUUUAGUGCUUGCAUUAUUAUUAUUUAUUGGUUCGAUUAUCUAUUUAUAUUAUUUAUGUCGUAUGAAUCGUUUGAAGCCACCAGAUUAUGGUAAAACAUAUGCUGAUAGCCGUCGUUGUAAAAAAAAUAAUGAAAAAUCUGAUGAAGAUGAUACAGAAUCAAGUAUGGCAUUGAAUAGUCCACAAAUUGAUACAACUAUUGAAAAAAUUGUGACAGACGUAAAAAGUGGAUUUACAGAUUUAAAUCGUGGUUUAACCGAUUCAACUGAACGUGAAUAUAGCCGUAUUAAACGUGAAAUGGGUAAUGUUAAAGCUGGAUUCGAUGAUGAAGUUGAAACGGUAAAAAAGGAAUUCGGAAAUCUACAAGCAACGGCUGGUAAAAAUGUGGAAAAAGAAUUCGUUGCCGUUAAACGUGUUCUGUUGAAUGAAGCACAGACAUUGCGUGAUGGUGUCGAACGUGAAUAUGAUAAUCUACGUGUCGGUUUGAAUGAUGCUAAACGUGAAAUCAGUGGCGAUAUAGAUCGGCUAUCCAAUGAUGCUAAAGGACGUUACGGAGAUCUGGAAAAGGAACUACGUGGUAGUUUCAAAAGUAACCUUGGCGAUAUUGAGAAUGAAUUUAAUAUAUUUCAACGAGAAUUUCCGGAUACUUUAGGUGCUGCUAUUGGUGAUGCUGUUGGCGGUGGUAACACUACGGUACAACGGAUGAUAAGCAGUGUACAAAAAGGAUUCGAAGAAUUCAAAUCGGGUGGCGAAAAUGUUAAACGUGAAAUUGUCGAAGUUAAACGUGAUGAAGCCGGUAAUAUAACCAGCUAUAUUGAACGUCGUCUUACUGAUUCGGGUGUCGAAAUAUGUUCGGUUAGUGUGGAUAAAAAUCGUGCACCAAUGGCUAAUUUUACUAAUACAUAAUGAUGAUUGUUAUUAAUUGUAAUCAUAAGAAUAAUUUAAUAAUAACAACAACAAAAAAAGAAACUUUAACUUGUUAUUCACGCAGGUUAUUGUCAAAUUUUCGAUCACAAUUUAAAU